AUGGCAUCUCGCGCCAUCAUCCCGCGCUUUCUUCUCCCUCUUCAGGGUCCUCUGUGGCGUGGUAUCAGCAUCCCACUCUCACAGAACAGCAUCCGAAUUCGCUUCGCCUCCUCGACCUCAAAGGGAAAGCCCAUUGUUCUCGAGAAGCCCGCUCGCUUCAAUCCUCCUUCUCAUGGUUCACGCCUCAAGAAGAACCAUGUGCCUAAGCAUUAUGGCCCUGAGCUCACCGCUUCCGAGGUCGCUGCUCAGAAUAAGAAGCACUAUCCCGGUAUGAUGGCUCCCGAGGGGACAUGGGAGCACUUUUUCUGGCACAGUAGGCUUUUGCAUACUUUUAUCACCAUGGGAACUCUUUUCGCCCUUGGUGUUUUCACCUUCUUCAUGAACUACGCCUACAACUCUCCAUACAAGGAACUUGUUCCUCCAAUCUCAGACCUCUGGACGCACCCUCUCCACUUCUUCGUCGCCUGGAAGAACGUUAUCGUCUUGCACGAGAAGGACAAGGCCGAGAAAGCCAGGGACCACCGAACCAACCAUCUCGACGAUGUAGCCAAGCGCCGACUUUUCAUGAAGAUGCACGGAAUCGAGACCAAGGACCCUGUAACUGUUGUAUUUGGCAAGGGUGAGGAGGAUCCCAAGCCCGAGCAAACUGCUGUGGAAGACGAGCCAGUGCAAAAGACCGAGGUGCAAGAGAAGGUUGAAGAGCCCAAGAAGAAGUGGUUCGGUGUCUUCUAA